AUGGAAAAAAACGAAGAUGACCUUUACGUACUGACACCCGAACUUGUGUCCUCCUCCAUCUUCUGCGGCCACUCAAGCGAGGACGAGUUGAUUUCCUUUCUGUCCGUCGCCAGGGAAACGGCGAGGAAGCAAAGUCUUUUGUGGUCCCAGACUCGUCUGUGCUUCCUUUUGGGCAAGUUCUGCGCCGCCAAGUCCAAAUUCAGCCAGGCCCGGGUCUAUUUCGAGGAGGCGCUCGGUGUUCCCCGCGAUACUUUUGCCGACGUCAGGCUGCUGGCUAGCAUUUAUUCCAACCUGGCCGCCAUUUAUCUUCUGCAGAGGAACGCGGAGCGCUUCUUUGGCACGUCCGAACGACUGGCGGCCUUAUUAAUGGGAACGUCGUCCUGCCUGGAAUGUGCGACGGAAAGCUGGGUUCUGCAAUAUGCCCUCAAGAAGGCGGUUGUGUCUGAAAACACAAUGGCCGAAGCCCGGGCUUGCUAUCUUCUGGCGAUGCACCACUGGACUCGUGAAGAGGCGCCCAAAGUUGUCCCUUACCUGGAAAGGCUGCUUGUUCUUUCCGCUGGGUGUCAGGGAGGGUCGAGCGUCUCCCCCAGUAGAGGCGAUCUCGCCCUGGCGAGGCUGCACAAGGAAAUGGGCCUCCGCCAUCUUAGUAUUUCCUCAGCCAGAAGCGCACUGCUGCGUCCUGCGGCGACGCUGACAGACGGCCUCGGCAGCCUGCUCCUCGUGUCGCGCUUCUGUGUGGACAACUCCUUCCCAGCGCACAUGGCUACGUAUUUGCACGGGUGUCUCUCUUUGAGCGACUGUCAAGGAGGACGAUUCGUUUGGAAGCGCCGGCUGGCCCUUUGUCUGUCGCAGCUCUUGUACCAGCACGGGAUGCUCGGCCACGCCAUCCGAGUCGUGCGCAAACUCAUCGAUGGCGCCCCUCCCUCUCCAGACGUGGCUGAAGAGAAGAGUGCCCUCCUCUGGCUGGCAUGGCUCCACAUUCACAAUGUUCAACCCAGCGCGGGACUGCGCGUCUUGGACUCGGUCUUGGCAGCUCUGCCGGAGUACUGCGCCACGCCGCUGGAAGGGUUGGUGCUCAACAUGCGCGGCGUGGCUCUCCGUUGUAUGGGUGACCUUCGCAGGGCGGCAGAGAGCUACCACGCCGCUAUGGCCAUCUGCCAGGAGAACAAAGACGUGCCCAACCGAGCCAUAGCGCUUGCCAACCUCGGCCUGCUGUGUCUCAAGGCCGGAGCUAAAGGAGUCGCACAGAAGCACCUGACGGAGUCCGUGCGGCUCUUUUCCUCGCUGGACGGAGGGCACGAGACGACCUUUGUCGCCGUGCUCCUGCGCCUGGGACAACACUGGGUGAACGAGCGGCGGAUGCAUUUUGGGAAAGGAUGCUACGAGUGGGCUUUGCUGCUGGCCAUCAAAGCCAACCUCCCAGACUGCCAGCUGACGGCGGUAAGACGUCUGUGCCACUUUUAUGAGUGGGAGAGUCCGGACCGGGCCCGGCGCGUCAUCUACAGCCGGUACCAGGUCCGACUGCUUCAAGGGACGCCCGACCGAGAACGGGAGGGUGACACAUUGGAAGCCAUCAGCCAGCUCUUCCUCUCGCUGGCCACGCAGAGGGCCUAUCGCGCGGCUCUCGACCACACCAAGAGCAGCCUGGCUAUUUUCAUCGACCUGGGCCUGAGUGAGAAGGAAGCGUACGGAUGGCUUCAAGCUGGCAAGAUCUACCACCUCCUCGGCCAGGCGGAACUAGUGGAACUUUACGUACAGGUCGCACAGGAUGUGGCUCUGAGCACAGGAGACAACAAGUUCAUCUUGAAGAUGCAGGAAGCUGCUGGAGAUAUCUUCUUCAACAGCCGCCAUGAUCAAGACAAGGCUAUCAUCUACUACAGGGAUGGCGCUCUUCCCAUGGCGGACAGGAGCGGCGCCGUUUCCAGCAGGCUGAGGCUGUGCAACAAGCUGGCAGAAGUCAUGUUCCAACUACAACUGUACGGAGAAGCCUUGGAAUUUGCUCACAGCGCUCUGGAGAUCAGCGUCAAGCUAGGUGAGGUCCUGAACGAGCGAGUGGCCUACCAUCGUCUGGCCUCCUUGUACCACCGUUUAGGUCAGUGUGAGCUGGCUGAACACUACUACCUGAAGACUUUGAGCCUCUGCUGGGCCCCUCUGCAGUUUGACGAGGAGGCCCUCUACUACGCCAGGGUAUACCGGACCUUGGGGGACAUCCUUUUCUACGAUCUGAAGGACCCUUUUGACGCGGCAGGCUACUACCAUCUUGCCCUGGCCGCAGCCAUGGAUGUGGGCAACAAGAAGUGGCAGCUGGUGCUGUGCACCCGCCUGGCCACCCUCUACCACAACUUCCUCAUGGACCGCCAGCUCUCGCUUUCUUUUUACAAGCGAUCCCGAGGCCUCGCCGCGGAGCUCAACGUGAGGAGGAUGAACACGGCUGCGGACCGCGCCGACGUUCCAGUUUACUAGGUGCCGCCAGGCGACUGCUGUCUUUGAGUAAUUCUGCACUACCGUCUGACGUUUCUGUGCACUAGUAGAACUACGUUUUGUUACUGGUGAGCUGAAACUUGUCGACAACUGUGUCCUGUUAGUUGUGCCAGUUAACCUUAGUAGUAGUGGUAGCAGCAAUUGCACUGGCAUAGCUAUGAUUCUUUUACUUUUUGUAGGGGUAGGGUGGAAAUAUGCCAAGGGUCUCUCUGAAAAUACUCGAGUCAGUUAAAACCCACGCAAGCACGGGGAGAGCAUGCAAACGGGAGAGCGGAAGAAAUGAGACGUCUUGGGUACAGAAAUAAUCAUAACUCAGUUGCCACGCUCUUCCCAUGAGACAUUUGCUCCGACAAACGAGUGCAAAUUGGUUGGAAAAA